AUGCCCCACUUCCUCACGCCCAUUACCUCACACUUCACCUCCUUACACCCCACCACCUUACGCCCACCACCUCAUGCCCACCACUUUACGCCCCACCACCUCACGCGCACCUCACGCCCCACCCCCUCACGCGCACCACCUUACACUCCACCCCCUCACACCACCAUCUCAUGCCCACCAUCUCACGCCCACCCCCUUCUCUCUCCGCAGGCGCGCGUGAAGCUGCAGCAGAGGAGCUACGUGGAGAGCGAGGGUCUGCUGCGCCUCGUGCUGGCCCAAAACCCACACCACCAGGAAGCUCUUUUCCAGCUCUCCCUCCUCUACACCCACACCAACCGCACGCAAGACGCCCUCUCCCUGGCACGCCUGGCCGCCCACAACUGCUCGAGGCCGCCCACGCUCUGCGCCCAUCUCCACGCCCACUACGGCGACCUGCUUAACGACAGGAAUAACGUGGACCAGGCAGCACAGAGUUACCAGCUGGCGGUGGAGUUAGAACCAACCCUCACUCACGCACACGUCAACCUUGGGGCCCUCUAUCACACUAAGGGCGACUACGCACGUGCCUGGAGACACUACCUGACGGCGCACGGCCAGGAGCCAUCCAACAGCCUCCUGCUGGAGAACAUGGAGAAGCUCCGAAGGGCACAGAACCUCCAGCAGGCUACCACCAGCAUGGCCCACUGCUUGAAUAAGUCCUGAUGCUAGAUCUGCUUCUCCUGCUGCUGCUGCUGCUACUUCUGCUGCUGCGGUCGAUUCCCGUGGACCAGGAUUUCCCUAUAGCUCUCCUCUUUCAUCUUCUUCUUUGUCUUUUUCGUCCCCUCUCUCCACCCGCUUCCUCUUCCUCUUUUUAUCCAUCUCCUCCUCCUGCUCUCCCUCCUCCACCUCCCCUCUUCUUGCUCCUCUCUCUCUCUCUCCUUCUCUCCCUUUCUCCCUCCCUUGCUCUACCUCUCCCUCCUUCCCUCCCUAGCACGCCCCUCCUCUCUUCCUCCACCUUCCUCUUCUCUUUCACUCCUGUACCUCUACUCCAGUGACUUCCAGCGCUCCCUCUGCGCUCUUCGGCAGCACCAGGGUCCGCGUCAAUGUAAAAUAUAUACAUAUACAUAUAAACUGCAGAUGCCAAAAAGCGGAACUAAUAUGCUCAGUGGUGGUGAGACUGACGUUGUAUCAUAAGUGGAAGUAACGACAUAAAGUUUGCGUUAUAAUAAAAGUACCGUAUAUAGUGGGAAUGAUGUGUACAUAUGAUUUAUAUACACGUAAAAGUGACGUAUAUAGCUUGUUUUUUGUAGUAAAAGAAGGAUGCAUUGGAUAUGCAUCGGUGCAGACGAUGUUUUGAGAAAAUAGUAAAAAGAACAAGCAUAUUUGAGCUGGAAAAAAAACACUAUACCAGUGGACAUUGAUAUAAAAAAACAGUAAACAUCCAUAUUAAAUUAAUAGUAGUGCAUAUAUGUUAAAGUAUAUCCUAGAAAAAAUACAAACAUAUGUAUAGACUUUC